GAACCGUUAUCGAGGCAGAUUUGUGAGCAAACUCGUUAAAUGGCUCUCUGUUUACAAAUCGUAAUCAACCGCUGACAGGACAGUCAAGAGACACUCACAAUUUUAGGAAGGACACGAGCGUGGAGAGUUUCUGAGCGGGAGAGUAAAUAGCACAAGGGUAACUCACUCUCUCUCUCUCCUGUGAGUGCCGUUCGGGUGUCGUAAGCUUUCGUGUCAACUGCAAGGACACACAGGCUUUCGCUAUAUUAUGCUUCCCAAAAUCUCAGUUCGUGUUCGUUCGCUGGCGUGUGCAGACAGACAGACCGUUCCGCAGUGCCGGUGCCAGCUGUCGUUACUCCGAAUCAUCAAGUGCAACUUCUUCAGCUUUUUUUUUUUAUAUGGUGAUGGUGACGCAGAGGUAAUGAGGCAACCGGAUCCAGUGCACUUCUGGAGUGCUUUUUACGAUAUACCACACAAAUUUGCGUUACAGGGGGGGUACGCUGUGUCCCGUCCCGCAGGGACACACAGUUCGCUCCCCUUCCGGUAUGCGGUUUCGUGUGGAGUGUCGACGCGUGUGCUCCUUUGUGGGUUACGGGUUGCAUCUUUAGUGUGUCAACACGCGCACGUGUGUGUAUGCGUUUGUAUGUGCAGUGCGUGCUAAAAGUAAGGCAAAAGUGUAGAGUGCACCAGUACCACCGAGUAGGGCAGUAAUUUUGCUGCAAUUUACUGCAAAACCCUUCAGUUUUGCGCUAGCUCACGCUGAGAGAGAGAGAGAGAGAGCGAGAAAGAGCGGAAAAGUGAGAUGGUGAAUGGGUUGCCUGUGGCGAUUCGUGUGCUUCACUCAAUCGCAGCAAGCUGCAUGCUGGGCUGCAGAAAAGUGCAUGAUUUAGUAGCCCUGGGGCCAAUUUGUUUGUGCGCCACAUGGACGCGAACGAUGGCGAGCAUGUUUGCAUUAGUGUGUUUGCUGUGUCUGAAUAAAUUAUGCGAUAAAAGUUUGUAAGCGUAAAAGCAGUGCCUUUGAACAACUUCCGGCUCAUUAGAUUUACGGGCUGCUGUUAAAACAUACCGGGGCGGAAAUGUGUGUAACGUGUUCCGCUUUCUUGCUGGACAUAUUCAACCGUGCUGGCCAGUCCAAUCAACUCCUUUAAUUUUCCUCACAAUUGCUUUUGUUUUUGUUGUUACGUUAAUGUUAUUUAACUCUCUUAACCUUCGUUUUUGCUGUGCCCUUCUUUACAGUUAGACCCUAGGUUCCUUUAUUCUCCAAUUGGAGUAAAGUGCCUCGGCAAAGCGCCAAAGGACAAUGGUUACUCACAAUAAUUCGAUUACCAUGUGAAUCGGUCCCAUUCCUCCCAGGCAAGACAAACAACGCCAACACGAAAAGUAAAGCCAAGUGGAACGCUAUUGGAUUGUUGCGAACAGGAAGGUGGAAAAAGGCAAAGCGUGUAGCCUUUCUACUUGUGUGUGUAUUUGUUUGUACGUACGUGUGUGUGUCUGUGUGUGUGAGUGUGUGGUUCAUCCACCGAUGAAGUGUGAUGCGUGGUGGCAACCUGGCAGGAAGCCGACGCCGCACGAAGCGAGAUAAAGGAUAAAAGGCAAACCGAGCGCAAAGCGACCCAAAAAUGGCCCCAAAGGGAUCGAAGCUAAUCAUGUUUUUAUGAGCCCAUCGGUGGUGCUGGCGUUUGGUUGCUGAGCUUGCGAGGUGGGGUGGAAAAUUUGAGGUGUGAAACAACAUCCUUCUCCCUCCCUCAAGCGCAGAUGAAAACACCGGGCGGCAAGAUGCGCAUGAAGUACGGGAAGCUGUUCAUUUUCUUCAUGAUCUGCUUCAAUCUGAUCGUGUUUUACUACUCGUGGAAGUACUUUCUCACCAGUGGCCACUAUCUGGCGGAAUCGCUCACCGGUGGCGAGGGGGGGCUACGAGGGCCGGCCGCCCUGCCCCGGCGGUUCGGCGUCGUCGCGCCCGACUCCAUCCCGCUCGUCAGCUACGAAAGCUCGUACCGGGCGGGUGAUCCGGGCGGGGCCACCCUGAACCGGUUGCGGCUAAAGCCGACACUAACGGAGGACGGCGGCCGGCCGGUGAGUGCCAGGGAGCGGGUGCAGCACACCAACGGCUACCUGCGCAAAAGCAUCACGUUCGUGUUCCGUGACUUUUACGACUUCGAUAACGAUCUGCUGCAGUCGAUCGGCAGCGUGACGGCGCUCAUACCCGGCGUGAGCGUGUUCGUGAUCGCACCGGAGCUGCCGUACCCACCGCUCGACAUAUUUAACCCGGUGCCGGCAACGGGCGGCGGGGGGAAUCAGAGUGGUCGAGCUGCGGCCGGCGGGCCAACGCCGGCCUGGUUUACCGAGGGAAGCAACGUGCGCUUCUUUCACCUGGCGUACGAUGUGACGAAAACGCUCAAGGAUACGUUCCCGGUGCUGCACGUGAGCACGCGCUACGUGCUGUUCAUGCCGGACAGUGUGCGGUUGACGGGGCGGGGGUUGCUUUCGCGCAUGCUGCGCGAAAUCGACACACCGUCCGGGAGUGAGCUGCUGCUGCAGCAGCACCAGCAUUUGCUGCUGAAGCAGAACGGGCACGGUGGUAUUGGUGGUGCAGGUGGUGGUGGUGGUGGUGGUGGUGCGUCGUUCGAUGUGAACCGUAAGCCGGAAAGGCGUAUUGUGGCCGUACCGUUCGGGUCGAAUGCGAAGGGCGCGGCGAACUGUGUGCAGCUGCAGCUGGAUCUACCGAACUGGACGCUGGAGUAUGUGACCGGCAACGAGACGGAACGGUGCGAUAUGUUCAAACAGAAGCACGCCAUCCUGGUCGAGACGGAGCUGCUGCGCGAGAUGCCGGACGCACUGGCGUCCCCCUUCCCGGACGUGUUCUACAUACAGGCGAAGCUGGCCGGCGUCAAGAAAGUGCUGCUCAAUGGUGCAUUCCAGGAUGGACGUAAGCUGUUCACCUCGUACCACACGAAAACGAAGCGCCGCAACCAGCGCAAGGAACAGUUCAAAGCGCUCUACCGUCGGCUACAGGUGAAGAAAGUCAUACGCAAAAACUAUCUCUACGAUAAAGCCUCGAGCCGUGGUGGUCCUGUCCCGUUCGGCUCGGCAGCUGGCAGCUCUGCCGGCGCCGGCUCCGCUGCUGCCAACCCGCGCCGCAAGUACGUGAAAAGCUACGAGCACAACAAUCAAACCAUCUCGCUGCUCACUGAGAUCACGUUCUACGGGUGCGAGAAGCAAACGCGCAGCUGCAUCGGACAGGUGCACAAUGGGCGCCCGUUCUAUCGCUACCUCGGGCGCAACACGCCGCCCUGCUGCCUGGAAAAGCUGAAAGCCGUCUUCCGCCACGUGGUGGACGAGUUCGAGAACGUGGGCAUACGGUACUGGCUGGACAAUCGGGCCCUGCGCGAUGCGAUCGAGCUGAAGGGGCUGGCACCGGACGCGUACGAGAUCGAUCUCAGCUUCAACGGAGACGACGUGCAGCGGUCGGUCGCGCUGCGCAAGGCGCAGACCCGCCCGCACACGGACGAGGCCGGCUUCCACUGGCUGAAGGCGACGGAUGGGCACUACUUUCGGGUGCAGUACUCGAAGCAGAACACGAUCGCCGUCAACCUGCUGCCGUUCGAUCUGUCCAGCGGGGAGCUGGUGCGGCCGAGCGGGUUCUACGGCUGGAAGGCGCGCAAGUUUUCGGUCGAAUUUCUGCACCCCAUGUCGACGGUGCUGUUCCUCGGCAAGCCCAUCAUGUGCCCGAACAAUGUGAUAGAGUAUCUGGAGGUGAAGAAGGUGAAGUAGGAGGGAAUGCAGGGAAGGAUGUGGAAACAAUGUAGGUAGCGCUAGGGGGGGGAAACAAAGAAUCGUGCAACAUGUACAUACAACUAAAAAAGGGAGGACGGCAAGCAACAAACAAAAACUGACGUUAAAAAAUGGAAAGAUGGACACCAAUAGGAAAGCAAAUGGAUAGCCAGAAGCGUUGAUUCAUUUUUAAAUUAAGCUUAUCUGGCCUGUUCUUUCUCCAUUUUUUCAAACUGCUUACGCUUAUCAUCAAGCAAUAAAUGAAUUGGUUUUAGCAAGCUGACAAAAUUUUGAUGCCAUUUUUCCCUGUAUGCAAGCGCUUUUCGCAACGAUCUGUGUGUGGUGUAAGCGAAUUAGGAGGAAAAAAGUAAUAAAAACCUUUCAACCAAUUGUAGCAGCAAAUGUGAUAACGUUAAUGUAGGACACUCCAAACCAAAACCCAAAACCAACCCAAACAAACAAACAAACAAAGGAGAAACAAAAUACAAACUCAAUAAUCCACACUUUAAUGAUCAGUAAAUGUGAACUUAAAGAUUAUAAUAAAACUACAAUAAAAUAGCUACAAAAUCCAUGUGCAAAAUAGAACACAAGAGUUUAAACAUUUAAAUAGACAACAAAAACACACAAAAAAAGGAAAAAGUAAAUUAAUAGCAACCAUUUGUCAAUUAGUGUAAUAGAUUAUCUGAUUAAAGAAAAAAACAUUGAAAAAGGAAACAGUCUUUAGCUAAAAUAAAAAGAAAAACAAAUAGAAAAAAUUGUUUUAAGAAAAUGAAAAUCGUUUAAAGAAAAGAAUAAUUUAAUGUGAAAAACUAAACCAAAUCUAUUCAGUGCAGAAAUCGAAACAAUAUAGCAAAAGAGAACAAAUAGUUGAUGUUAGUAAGAGAAUGGAUGUUUUCGCCUGUUUUCACCUUUAACUCAAUGCAGUUAAAUACAAGUACUUAAAGAUUUAAUUGAAACAUAUUGGUGCUACUGUGCGAUUUCUGUUUUAUUAAACCAAUAACACUCAUUUGUCAUUAAAAAUAAAAACUCCAUUCAUUCGAUGUACCGAUGAACUAUACUACUUGCAGAUAAGAAGAAAAUAGACAUAAACAAGAAACAAACAAUAUAAACAUUCAAACAUUCCCUUCCAGUCUUGCAAAACAUCCUCUUGCGAACGAACAUUCGUUAAACUUGUUAACAGACAAAUAAAACUAUCUUUUCUAUUACACACACACACACACACACUGUUGCCCGAUAACAUUUAUCUCACUAUAUAGCCUAGGAUAGGACAAAAACAAAAAGAGCAAAGAAAACGUAUAACACAACUGUAAACCUAAACCUUGAACCUGUUGAAAAAGAUAAAAUAAAUAAAGAGAAAACACUACCACUGUACCGCACUA